AUUGGCUCGGAGCGCGACUGAGUUGAGGGGUAGACCAAUCAGAGGCAGGAUACGGGUGGCUCCGCUUCCACCUCGCUGGGAGUUAUACAACGAGCAGCAGCAGCAGAGGCAGUGGACGUACACAGCCCAUGGUGCGAUCGGGUAAAACACGGUGACUCUCUGUUGUGUCUCUGGAGCUGCACACGUAAAUUCAUACUGAGACAUCGAGGAGGAUGGCUGCGACUGCGAAGAAUCCUUUUCAACAUAUUGUUGAGCCCCUGAAUCCAGAUGAGCCAAAGCAGCAGUUUUUCAAUCUCUCCAAACUUGGAGACAGCAGAUAUGACCGUCUGCCGUUCUCCAUCCGGGUACUCCUGGAGUCUGCUGUCCGCAACUGCGAUGGGUUUCUGGUGAAGAGCUCAGAUGUGGAAAGUAUCCUCAACUGGAAGCAGACCCAGACUAAAACUGUGGAGGUUCCAUUCAGACCGGCCCGUGUCAUCCUCCAGGACUUCACUGGUGUUCCUGCUGUGGUGGACUUUGCUGCCAUGCGUGAUGCAGUGAUGAAACUGGGUGGUGACCCAGAAAAGAUUAAUCCAGUUUGCCCCGCUGACCUCGUCAUCGAUCAUUCCAUUCAAGUGGACUUCAACAGGAAGUCUGAUAGCCUUCAGAAAAACCAGGAUUUGGAGUUUGAGCGCAACAGAGAAAGAUUUCAGUUUCUAAAGUGGGGCUCUAAAGCUUUCAAGAACAUGCGAAUCAUACCUCCUGGUUCAGGGAUCGUUCACCAAGUCAACCUGGAGUAUUUGGCCCGAGUGGUCUUUAAAUACGAUGGGUUCUUCUACCCCGACAGCCUGGUGGGCACAGACUCCCACACCACCAUGAUUGAUGGCCUGGGUGUCCUCGGCUGGGGUGUGGGUGGAAUUGAGGCGGAGGCUGUGAUGCUGGGUCAGCCAAUAAGCAUGGUUCUGCCUGAAGUGGUGGGAUACAAGUUGUAUGGGACCCCAGAAAAACUCAUCACCUCCACUGACAUAGUCCUCACGGUUACAAAGCACCUCCGCCAUGUGGGAGUAGUGGGGAAGUUUGUGGAGUUCUUCGGCCCAGGUGUGGCUCAGCUGUCCAUCGCUGACAGAGCCACCAUCGCCAACAUGUGUCCAGAGUACGGAGCCACAGCAGCGUUCUUCCCCGUGGACUGCGUCAGCAUUCAGUACCUUGCACAGACAGGGCGAGAUUCCAAAAAGCUGGACUACAUCACAAAGUACUUGAAGGCUGUGGGCAUGUUCAGGGACUACACUGACGCCUCUCAGGAUCCAGAUUUCACUCAGGUGGUGGAGUUGGAUCUCAGUACAGUGGUCCCAUGCUGCAGUGGUCCCAAAAGACCCCAAGACAGAGUGGCUGUGUCUGACAUGAAAAAAGACUUUGAUUCGUGUCUGGGAGCAAAGGUAGAUAUAGCUGUACACUUUGAGGUUGUUGGCUAUGGUUGCAUGACGUGUAUAGGCAACAGUGGGCCGCUCCCAGAGCCAGUGGUGGAAGCCAUAACUCAGGGAGAUCUGGUUGCUGCGGGCAUCCUGUCAGGAAACAGAAACUUUGAAGGGCGAGUCCACCCCAACACCAGAGCAAACUACCUGGCUUCUCCACCACUCGUCAUUGCUUAUGCCAUCGCCGGCACCGUGAGGAUUGACUUUGAGAGGGAGCCCAUUGCCAAAAAUUCUGAAGGGAAAGAGAUCUUCCUGAGGGACAUCUGGCCCACACGAGCGGAGAUCCAGGCUGUGGAGAGAAUGUUUGUCAUUCCAUCAAUGUUUAAAGAAAUCUAUGCGAAGAUUGAGAAAGUGAAUGAACGCUGGAACUCCCUGGUUGCUCCCUCUGACAAGCUGUAUACCUGGGAUCCCGAGUCAACUUACAUCAAGUCGCCACCGUUUUUCGAUGGCUUGACGAUGAAGCUGCAGCUUCCUGGGUCCAUAACCGAUGCCUGCGUGCUGCUGAACCUGGGAGACUCGGUCACCACAGACCACAUCUCCCCUGCGGGGAACAUUGCCAGGAACAGCGCUGCGGCACGCUACCUUACCAGCAGGGGUCUGACUGCGCGCGACUACAACUCCUACGGCUCCCGUCGAGGUAACGACGCUGUGAUGGCCAGAGGGACGUUCGCAAACAUCCGGCUCUUUAACAAGUUCCUCAACAAGCAGGCGCCUCAAACCAUUCACCUGCCCUCAGGAGAAACGCUGGAUGUGUUCGAUGCUGCAGAGAGGUACCAGCAGUCCAGUACCCCCCUGAUCAUUCUGGCCGGGAAGGAGUACGGCUCAGGCAGCUCCAGAGACUGGGCCGCUAAAGGACCCUUCCUACUGGGUGUUAACGCAGUUAUAGCCGAGAGCUAUGAACGGAUCCACCGCAGUAAUCUGGUGGGGAUGGGAGUGAUUCCUCUGGAGUAUCUACCAGGAGACACAGCUGACAGUCUGGGGUUGACCGGCAGGGAGCGCUACACCAUCCCCAUCCCCGAGCAGCUCACUCCCAGGAUGCUCGUCGACGUUCAGCUCAACACAGGGAAAACAUUCCAAGUGCGGAUGAGAUUCGACACGGACGUGGAGCUGGCAUAUUUCCACCACGGAGGAAUCCUCAACUACAUGAUCCGCAAGAUGUCUGAAAACUAACCUGCGGAAAGCGAGAUGCAUCUGUUGCAAUUCUCAGCUCAAGCUCAACAUGGUAAUAAUCCAAUGUAACAGCCAACAAACGAAAUACUGUCCAGGAAUAGUUCAACGAGUCAAACUGUUCAGUGCAAUGAGCCACUCACAGAGACACAAUCUUCUCAUUGUCGAGAACGCUGCUACGAGUCAUGUCUGAAGUCUGGAGUGAAUUUGCUGCAUGUCACAUGUGAAUUGUAUGUGAAGAUAUGCAAGGAAGCGUGAUACUUAAUUUAAAAAUGCCAUGAGUUAAAAGUCGCUUCAUGUCCUCCUGUAUUUCUUUGUCAUAACAACGAAAUUCCAACCUGCACUUUCAGAGGCAGCAGUUCUUCUGCUUCUAUGAUUACUUCACUUUAUCACAGCAUGGCUCUUAUUUUGUCUCCCGUCGUAAUGAUAAGACCUGGAGCUGGCUUUCAGAAUUUGUACGUCUAUGGUACCAAUGUCAAGCUUCGGGGCUUCACUGCCACAGACUUCUAUACUGUGGGUGUCGCAGUCACACUAAGGAAUGCUCACUUUAUACAUGUGGGUCCCUGUUUCGUUAGCUGCUCUCUAUUUGAACAUGCAUGAGUGCACGCAGGUGACGUGAUACACCAUCCGGGCGACAAAGACGACGAUAAUGAUAGUUAGCGCUCAGGAUGUUUGUCCGAUAAAGAACUGAAGUAGCAAAUGCGUCAAAUAAGAGCCAGGUUGUAAUAAAGCAGAAAUAUUCUUUCACAUGUUGAGAUUUAAAUUGAAUUCUUCCUCAUAUUAAGCAUUUAUCUUUAUAUAGAUUUUAGUUUCUCAGGGUUAUGGGGGUAAACGGUUGGGGGUGUGAGGUAUGUGUCGCAGAAAGUACUUUUUGGUGGUGAUGGAACUGUAAAGUCACAUGGGGAGGAAUCAGGCGCAGCUCGAGUGUGAGUGCACAUUAUUCUUCUGGUUACUCCUCCAGCUAAAGACACUGUGGCGACACGGUGUGAUACAGUAAAGGUUCUUAUUUUCUCGUCGUUUCAGCCCACGUGAGCUGCUUUCAUUGGAUCUGCCCCUGUGGUGGUUUUUAUUCAUUCUCUCCAUCUCGCUGAUUUAGUCAGUGAAAACAUGCCUGUUUGUUCUUUAGACAUUCCAGUGCAAAGCUGCUUUUGUCAACGUAUAAACUGCCUUAAUAACUUCAUAAGUCUGAUCAUGUUGUUGAUCAUUUUUAUUUCAAGGAGACUGACAAACCGUUGUUGUGCUAACUGUUGCACGUUCCCUACAAUCUGAAAGCGUUAAACCACAGGAUAUUGAUAAACAGAAUAAAAAUACUUUUUUUUGCAA